AUUGAGAAUGGAAAAGCUCGGAAGUGUGUCAUUUCACCAAACUGUAUCUGAUAUUUGCAUGACACAUUAUGAAAGGUCGUUGCCAAGGAAAGGGAAACCAGAGAAUGGACGGGAAUGGACUUUAUUGGCUGCGGUGUUACAGUCGAAAUUAUAUGGGUCUGAAAGGGAAUUGAAAGUGGUGUCCAUGGCUACUGGCUCAAAGUGCGUUGGCGCAUCAAAGAUGAGUAAAACAGGUGAUGUAUUGAAUGACAGUCAUGCUGAGGUUCUUGCAAGGAGAGGCUUCCUGAGGUAUCUCUAUCAUCAAUUGAGAUGUGCGAUGACAGGGAGUCAUGAAAACAGCAUCUUUUACCAGCCAGGUGAAGAUGGGAAAUGCAAAUUAAAGGAGGGAGUGAGGUUCCAUUUCUUCACCAGUCAAACGCCUUGUGGUGAUGCAUCAAUCUUCACAAAAGACGACCAAGGUUCUACAGAUACCAAGCCAACAUCACAGCAUGAUAUUGAUCAAAACCCACAAAACAUCAUUAAUAAACAUUCCAUGAGCAGUUUGAAUAAGAGAAAAGCAGAAGAGGAGGUGAAUGGGUCCAAUCUACCAAUGACACAGAAAAUGAAAUUGGAUUUAUCAGAGUCAGUUUCAGACCAUGUUGUUCCCCAAACCCAGAACCAUAUUGAGAGGAGGAUGUGUUGUAAUCACGACCAGCAUGCAGAAAGAUGUUCAUCCUACCCUGCUGAUGAUCAUCAAACUGCAUUAGUGCCUUUGACAAGAACGAUGCAGGACCAACUGAUUGAAAUAGGUUCCUGCAGUGAGACUAAACUAGUCUCUAGCUCACCUUGUAUAAAUGAUAUGCCAGGUAGUCGGGUAUCAGACGAAGACAGGGGAAGCCUUUCAGGAACCUGUCCCAUAGAUGAUGAACUUCCAGUAUCCUGCGACACCUUGAACAGUCCACAAGAUCAAAGUUGUCCUAGACUUGAUAUCAAGACGAGUAGAGUAUUCCCCAGUGAAAGUGCCUCUGAGGAAGUGCCUUCUGGCCAAAGUAGUGUGCACACCAGACACACGGAUGCCUCCGAAAUGAAUAGUGCAAUACCUCUGAAGAGGGACAUUUACAGGACAGGUGCCAAGCCAACGCCCACUGGUCCACAAGACCAACUAGCGGACGGUGAGGAUUACCAUACUGUGGGACUUCUGCGGAUCAAACCAGGCCGUGGGGACAGGACCCUGUCAAUGUCCUGCAGUGAUAAGAUGGCCAAGUGGAAUGUUGUAGGACUUCAGGGGGCUCUGCUGUCCCAUCUUAUCUCAGAACCUGUCUACUUAUCCUCCAUUACUAUUGGACAAUGUCCAUUCAACAGCCAGGCCAUGCACCGAGCAAUCAUUGGAAGAGUGCAGCCUGUGAGCAAUCUUCCACCUGGUUACCACGUAAACUCACCGGUAGUGAUGCAGACCAACAUCAUCUUCAAAGACUCCAGGACGGAGGUAGAGAGGAGGAGAGAUCCAAGCAAAGGCAAGAUGACACCAGCUGGAGCAGCCAUCAUUUGGAGUUACGUACCUGACCAGCCUGUUGAUGUGACAGCCAAUGGAAAAAGACAAGGUGCUACAGCUAAGAGAUGGAAUGAUCCUCAAUCAAGGAGCAAGAAUUGCAGAUGCCAACUCUAUCAUCUUUUCAAGAAGCUUCUAGCAGGUGUAGACAGGGACAAAUUGCCCCAGACACUCCAAAGUCAUGAUGACCUGAAGACCUAUCAUGAUUACAAGAUGGCCGCCAGCCAUUACCAGAAGGCUUGGACACAACUUUUAAAGGUUUUCAGCUCAUGGGCCAGAAAACCGGUUGAAUUCUCACAAUUUCAGUGAUGUGUGUGACAAUAUCUUCUUUAUGAGACUUAAAAGUUAUAACACUGUAC